AUGGUUGCGGCGCAACACACCUGCACUAUAAAAGGAUGCGUCGAGAUUGCCGACUUUGGAGUUCACUGCCAUCGCCAUCGCUGUCACUGGAAGUCCUGCGAAAAGCCUUGCUUGGCAGGAGGAGAGUACUGUGCGGAUCAUGAGUGCAAAAGGGCUGGAUGCCGCAAGAUCGUCAAGAUUCAACUCGGCUACUGUGAUGAGCACUGCUGCAAGAUUGACAAGUGCCUCAAUUACUGCGAUGUCACGUCAGAAAGCAUCUGCUUCGAGCACUCGAGGGAGGAUCAGUUUCGGCGUAUCAAACAUUUAGAGGAAAAACUACGAGAGCAACAGUACGAUUGUGGUCCUCCUGAACACUAUGACCACCCUUAUUUCAACGAUCUCCAGAUCCGUCACGACAAGCUUAUCAGAGACUAUGACGACUGUCUGAUCAGACUAAACGAGGCCCGAGACGAGGUUCGCAUUCUACGCAACACAUGGAUUUCGGGGGAGGACAGUCGCCUGUGGAGGCAAGAAAUCGAGGAAUGCAACGCACGGUUACUUGUGGACUUGGAGCGAGAACAGAAGAGAACCGAGCACUGGGAGCGCAAAGCGAUCGAGCUUGGCCGAAGGAUUGAUGACCUCGAGUGCGUAUUGGAAGAAGAGCGGCUAAGACACCCAAAGUCUGAUGAAUAUGUGCGACAGAUCGGGGACCUCGUUCGCAAGGUGGAGAUACUCGAGGAAGAGCUCCGCAUCGAGCGAUGCAACAACCACUUGUACGAAGGACGACAGCACGAGGUUGAGAAACUGCUUUGCACCAUUGAGGAGCUCGAGAGGAAGCUCAAGGGGGAUCACUACAAGAUAGACGAGCUUAUCAGGAAAGUGGAUCUGCUGCAGUCAAUCCUCGCUGGCGAGAAGGAAAAAAGAGAAAUUCUUCUCGAAGAGAUCGCCAAGCGCGAUGAUUGCGAAAGGCUGCGACGAGACGAUCGUCGUCGACCUAGGAGAGGAAGCUGGGAAAGGAGGUCACGCGACUCGCGCCCUUGGGGCAGCGUUUACUGA